AUGGCUUGCCGUCGUUCCUUAAUGUUGCUGCUUCUAUUCGCAGCGGCAACUUCGUCCCUUCUUGCAGCCGUACCAGCCUCUGCCACGGAGGCGGAUGGGGCCGCCAAAACAGCGGAGAGUGACGACGCAGAGCGUGAAGGGGAAGCAGAAGAGGAAAAAUUGUUUUUACCUACAGUACAAGCCAUUUUCCCAAAGGUUCGUGGAGGUUCGACGCCCACUUUUCACGCAGGCUCGCGUGUUGAUGCACUAAUCGCAUUUCGUAACAACGAUCAACGCCAGAACAGCACCGUCCUUCUCGUUUCCGCCAGUGUUGCCCCUGCACACACGCCUAACCAGAUCUUGCAGAACUUCUCUGCCAUUCGUCAUGCACGUAUUGUUCAGUACAGAGAAUCCGCAAGUUUUCACUACACCUUCACUCCGCAUGCUCUGCUGGAACCUAACGACUACCACCUUAUCGUUGGUGUUUACUAUAAAAAUGGUGAAACCGAGCAACCCCAAUUUGUUGCAGCAUUCAAUGAAACAGUGGCCAUUGAAGCGUCUCUGGAUACGGAUCCUUCAACCAUCCUUACAUACUUGACACUGUUAGCCAUUACUUGUGCUGUCGUGUACGUAUUGGCUUCCAAAUAUGGCAUCCUUUCUCUUCUACGUGGCAAAAAUGAAUCGAGUUCAGAGCGUCGGCGUGUGGAGGUUGGGACUAAAGGCGAUGGCUAUGAUCCGGAUUAUGUGAGUGAAGAACACUUGAGGUACAAGGAGGCCGUCCUCAUGCGACGCAGUUCCCAAUCACCGAAAAAGAAGAAAUGA